AUGGAGAUUGCUACAAAGUUCAAGAUCUACAUCCUGGAUCCGUAUCACCCUGAUGCCAUUGACCUGGCGUUAAAAACACGAAAUGCCGAGAUAAUCUUGCCUGGGGAUCCACGAACAGCGAACUGGCAUGCUGACGCCGACGGACUCAUGAUCAGGUCCGACUCGACCCUCACAGAGGAGGAUUUCGCCAAGGCCCUUCGGCUCAAGGUGGUUGUCAAGCAGGGUGUCGGCGUUGACAACAUCGAUUUGGCCGGGGCCAAGAAGCAUGGUAUUGCAGUGCAUAAUACGCCUGCAUUCAACAGUGAGAGUGUUGCUGAACUCUCCCUAACACUGACACUAGCGCUGAGCCGACGUGUCACUGAAAUUGACCGCGCAGUCCGUGGUGGUACCACGGUUAUCCGCUCCCAAGUGCUGGGGACCAGCAUGUUUCGGAAAACUGUCGGCAUAGUAGGCAUGGGGAAUAUUGGUCGUAUCAUUGGGCAGAAAUGGACCGGUGCCUUUGAAUGUUCUCUUGUUGCUUACGACCCUUAUGCCCCUUCAGAUGCUUGGGGGGAGAUUGCGCAUAGCCGUACCACCCAGCUGCAUGAUUUGCUUGGUGUGGCUGACGUGGUCACACUGCAUGUGCCGUUAGUUGACUCUACACGAAAACUUAUUGGCGCUCCUGAAAUUAAGGCUAUGAAGAAGACCGCAUUCCUAAUAAAUUGUUCGCGAGGGGGUGUUGUUGACGAGAACGCAUUGCUUGAUGCUCUAGUCAACAAACAGAUUGGUGGCGCCGCUCUGGAUACGACUGAAAUUGAGCCACCGACUCUAAUUACGUACAAAAAGUUCCUUGAACAUGAAAACGUGAUUAUUACUCCGCAUAUUGGUGGCAGUACUCAGGAGAAUCAAAGUCGCAACGGCUGCUUUGUUGUGGAAUCCCUGUUCAAGGCCUUGGAGGGCAAGUGGGCUGAUGGAAAGUUAGUAUAA